GCUUUGUUUUGACAUGGCGGCAAGUUUGUUAAGUCUGUCUAUUUUAGGUUUGGAGGGGUUUUAAACACCACAUUCUCCAAGCAGGCGCCUAACGGUUCUAGUCCGCGUGGAAGAGCAGUAUUAUGUCCUCUUCCAUCGCUGGGCUCCGGUACUCAUCGUCGGAUGUUAAGGCCCGCUGGACGCCGAGCAUCACAGAGGCCGGUGUGAUUCUGAAUCCAGAGUCUCUGCUGGGAGCUGCCGAACUGCCGGAGACGGAUGACUUCGUCCCCAUGACAGCUGCAGUGGACAGCAGCUACACCUCUGUUGAGAGUUCACCGUCCGGCGAAACUGAUGAAGGGGAGGUGGCCAACAACUCACUCUCUAUUACAGAUAAGCUAGAUCAGUUGAGGAGGUGGCAGCAGCAGUUAAAGCAGCAGCUAAACGCCGACCGGAUGAAGAAUAAUUACAGUCAUCCCCAUGGACUACAAGAGGAGGAAGCGUCGACACAACUUCAAAGUGGCCAAAAUCUCGUCGAAAGGCACGAUGAGGAAGGAGGUCCGAGGCGUGAUGGUUUUGCAAAGCCCAGAGCAAAAGACACCAACGCUCACAACAACGGACAAGAUUCAAUGCCAUCAGACAUACCAAUCCAGGCAGGCAAGCAACCAUUUGAGAAGUUGUUGGAGGAGCAGCUGAGGUUAGAGGAGACGAGGUUGAAAUCUACAGAGAAACAACAGACUCCAUCUGAAAGGCAGUCGGCAGUCCCCCCUAAACGGGCGUUUCUGAGACGAGGUCAGGGCUUGUCUCGAUUUAGCAGCAAGGCUUCACUUCCCAAAGUGGAUUCAAAAACUGAUCCUAAUCCAUCCUGCGGCAACUCUGAGCCGAUGUGUAUCCAGAGAUCGGGGGCCCAGCGUAAAACCGCAUGGAUGAACAAGGAGAACUGCCCAACAGAAAAAAUGGAUGCAAGGGUCAAGAAUAAUGCAACAGGGGUCAAAGUAUUGGGAUGCCACCAGAACCAAAGCACCGGAAGGGAGGUGAGAAUGGACAAACUUCACCCUGCCACGAAGAUUGCGGUCGAGCAGCCCAAAGUCCCCCGGGAAAUCCCAGAGAAGUCUUUGGAGGAAAAGCUGCUGAUUUGGGAGAGCGAGCCCCAUAAGGAGAGCAUAGAGUUGGGAGAGUUUGAGCUCCUGGAGCGAGCCGCAGAAGAGCUGUCCUUCUCCUCCAACUCCUCGUUUGUUACCAAGAUUCUGCAAAUGGACCGUGAAAAUCGCAAGCUGCAGGGUGUGGUUGGGCUCCACCAGAGAAGACUUUCAUCCACACCCAUCAAGUCGCCGGCAGCUGAAGAGCAGCGGUGUAGCUCUAAAACGAACUGUAGCGAAGAGGACCACACUUCCGCUGACUAUAAAAAGCCCGAAAUGGCAGUCAAUCCUGCUGUUUUUCCCAGCAACCUUUGCUUCCCCGUCGCAUCAGAGCUGCCGUACGAUAAGCGCUCCUACCAGGACGAAGACGAUGAGAGCGAAGAUAUGGUCAGCAGUAUCAGCGAUAGUGACGACGAGGAUAACUCCACGCUAAAGGACGACAAAGACUCCACGGCGGGCCACGUCAUCGUGUUUGACGACGACAACACGUGGGACGAUGAGGAGGACACGACAGACAGUGCAGAGUCCAUAACAGGGGAAACGAGCAAUCCAGAGCCAGAUGUUGCUCCCGCCCUGCCGCCACCUUCUCAACUUCCAACCUCACAACUCAUGAGGAAACUGUUCAAGCCAAAGAGCCAGAAUGCACCUCCUCUUCCAACUGACGGUACCUCAACUUCAACCACUGACACAACAGACGACAAGGUGCAACAGGUACAGUCGACAAAGUUGAGGGAAAGACUGGCGGAGCUGGAGCUUGAGAUUGAGCACUUCAAGAAGGAGAACGCGGCGCUGACCAAGCUCCGACAAGAGAACGAGAAUAUCCAAUGCAACCUCAGGAAGGAGAGGCUAGUGUGGGAGCAGCAGCGAACUGAGCAGCUGGCUCAGUUUGAAGAGUACAAACGGGAAGAAACCAAGAAGCUUCAGCGUGAACGCAAACUAUUUGAGAUACACGCCAAGACGAUCCGAGCUGUCCCUGACAAAAAGGAACGUGAGGAGAUCCAGGCUCUGAGACAACAGCUGAGCUCCGUGCAGGAUGAUCUUCGCAAGAAGGAGAGUCGCUGGUCGGCCGCUCAAAAUCGCCUUCGCCAGCAGAUCAAAACGCUCGGAGAGGAGAACAAAGAGCUGAGAGAUGAAGUGCACCUGCUGGAGAAACUUCGUCUGAGUACCUUAAAGAACUCUGUCAACGCAGAGAAAGACAUCAAAUGUGCGCCUCAUGUGACUAAAGGAGUCACCUUUGCUAAUCCACUGGACUCAAGAGGGAGCUCCAGCCUUUCAAAUGGCAGCAAUGCAGCGCCCACUAAAGGCAACUCCUCUGCACGUGCGCGUAAAGGGAUGAAAAAGAGCAACCUGAAAAAGACAACAGAGACCUCUUCGUCACCGUCGUCCUCCUCUACUAGACGAAUUUCAGAGGAAAAGCAAAUGGCCACCAAGGAGGAAUCUCAAAAUGAGGAACCCACCGAGAGCUGCUUGUUGAUUGUAAGCGAGUCAAAUGAAGCAGACAGCAGUGAGGCUGAAUCUGUUCAGGAAGUCAUCACUCAUCCUGAUGGAAAGGUGGAAAAAGUCCUGAUGGGUGGAGAUCGUGUGAUUUUGUUUCCCAAUGGGACCAAGAAGGAGGUGUCGUGUGACGGCUCCAACAUCAAAACAACUUUUUUCAACGGCGACGUCAAAGAGGUGAUGGCUGACCAGAGGGUGUUUUACUACUACUUUGACACCAAGACGACACACAUCACGUAUCCGGAUGGCAUGGAGGUCCUGCACUUCCUAAAUAACCAGACAGAGAAACACUUCCCAGACGGCACUAAGGAAAUCACGUUUGCAGACCAGACGGUGAAGACUAUUUAUGCAGACGGCAGCGAGGAGAGCAUCAUGACAGACGGAACUGUUGUGCAACUUAAAACGGACGGCACCAAGGAGAUCCAUUUCAUCACAGGCCAGAAGGAGGUGCACACAGCAGAUUACAAGAGGCGAGAGUACCCCGACGGGACGGUCAAGACUGUCUUCGCCGACGGACGGCAGGAGACACGAUAUCCCGACGGACGGCUGCGCGUCAAAGACGAGCAGGGAAACGUGCUAAUGGACAAGCGGUCGUAGACUCAAAACGAGUGGACUGCAAAGAAGCGUUAUUCUGUUCCUUUCUUAACAUUUGGACCACCACCAAGGAGUGUUACAACCACACCGAUUAGGGAAAAAAAAUGUUAGGAAAAGGUGUUCAUAAAUGAGAGCUUUGUAAUCUAACAUUAAGAGAAUUACUGUAAGCUUUUUGGCGGGGAAGGGUGUUAUUUAAGAUUUAAAAAAAAAAUGUGCGAACUUACGACUUUAAUAUUAGUUUGUAAACUUAAAUGUUCAUAUUACUGACACUAUAUUGCAACUUUGUAUUUUUGUAAUGUUUAUACUCAUUUCUUUAAAUUUACUCAAACUUGAGGUUUUGUCAAAAAAUUGCAAUACAAAAUACAUACUGCAUAAUGGUGAAAAUUACAACUAUUACACUCAAUAAAUUAUCUCAAAUUGACUUUUUUCCUCUUCAAAUCACGUUCUUAAAAGAAUGACUUCUCUAAAAAUGUUUUCAUUACUUUUUCACUUGAAAGUGCUGAUAAUCACUACUUUGAUCACAAUUCCUUUCCUUAUACUGUAGUAAUUAAUUAGUAAUUGUCAAAUUGUAACUUCCCAUGAAAAUGACAAAAUUCCAAAAUUGCUAUUAGAUAUUUAAAUUAAACCAACUUCCAAAAAAAUGUAAAAUGAUUUGAUUCACACUAAACUGACAAAAUUAACUUUACUUUUUUAAGAUUGUGACUCAAUGGCUUAAAAUUGAAGCAUGAAGUAUUACAUUUGUAUGAUUUUCAAAAUGUAAAAUUCAAAUUAUUUCCUAAAAUUCUGACCUGUUUUUUUCAUGGUGGCAAUAACACUCCUUAGUGAUGUUUACUAUGACCACCUGUUACACACACCCUUUCCAUUUUUUUUACUUUAAAAUGUUUUGAUGUUCCCUGAGCACCAUGUUAAGUUAUCCAAGACUGCCCUGGUCAAAAUGUGAAUAUUUUUUUUUGCUGUAUAUUUGUCAAAUAAACUUUUUUUCCUUUUAACUCCUCAGAUUAAUACAUCAUGUUUACGUGAUGUGUGGGGGAAAAAAACAAAAGCUGUAAUGUGCUCAAGAACAAAACAUUUUAAUAACAUUAAAUUGUGAAAAUGUGCCAACUUGGCGACAACAAAAAUAACCUUCUGUGGAUGAACUUCAAUCAAGUUGUGCCAGGCCUCUAGCAAGCAGGGGCAAGAAGACUGAGUGCCCAUCCUGGCUAAACAGUAAUACAGAUGGAUCCCUUACCGUGGGUCUACCCUGUAAGGAUGGACAGAAAAGGAAGACAGUU